AUGGACCCUACAGCUGCGGUCGGGAAGGGGGGAGACGGGGCCGGCUACGCCGGGGUGACGGAGGAGUGGAGGAUCACCCCGACCACCCCCGCCACCGCGCUACGCCUGCAGCCGGACCUACAGACGGAGGAGUCACAGACGGACCUACAGACGGAGGAGUCACAGACGGACCUACAGACGGAGGAGUCACAGACGGACCCACAGACAGAGGAGUCAGGGAGAGAGUCACGGAGGGACCUACAGACGGAGGAGUCACAGACGGACCUACAGACAGAGGAGUCACAGACGGACCCACAGACAGAGGAGUCACAGACAGACCUACAGACGUUCCUACAGACGGUCAGACAGACAGAGGAGUCAGGGAGAGAGUCACAGACAGACCCACAGACCGAGGAGUCACAGACGGACUCACAGACAGAUGAGUCACAGACAGACCCACAGACCGAGGAGUCACAGACGGACUCACAGACAGAUGAGUCACAGACAGACCUCCAGACAGAGUCACUGACAGAGUCACGGAAGGACCUACAGACAGACCUACGGACGGAGGGGUCACGGACGGACCUACAGACAGAGUCACAGACGCAGAGCUCCACCAGCAACUACACAGGUCUGUCCUGCCCCGCCCUGCUCCCACCCCGGCGGGGGUCCUUCUACGUGGAGGCGGGUACGGGGGUCUCGGUGGGCAGCGUGCUGGCCUUCUGGUGCCGGGGGGGGUACCAGCUGGUGGGCGGCGACCGAGUCCGCUGUGAGGUCCGCAGGGGGCGGCCCGAGUGGAGCAACCACAAGCCCGUCUGUGAAGCCAUCCCGCGGCCUGAGGACCGGGGUCUGCGUGUGGCGGUGCUGGCCUCGGUGGUCAGCGGGGUGGUCAUCCUGGCCAUGUCCCUCUCCUUCCUCAUCUGCUGCCUGCAGGAGCGCCACGGGGGCCAGGGGGCCCCCCGCAGGGAGGCGGCCCGCAGGCGGAGGGAGAAGCGGGCGGGGUCGCGGCGGGGGGAGUGCUGGCUGGAGCGGGAGGAGGGGGAGUGGGACUCCUUCGCACCCCCCAAGAUCUUCCACCUGUCCCAGCGGGCAGACCCCCGGCUGGCCCCGGACAGCGCCCUCUACCUGACCGGGGGCCUCUCGGGCUACGAGAACAGAGGCUACCACAGGAGCCAGGAGAGCCUCCUGAAGGCUCCCCUCCCCAGCCUCUACCGCUCAGAGUCCCAGCUCUACCCCCACGUGGUCCUUCAGAGGGUCCCCACCCCCACCGUCCCUACCGCCCCCUCGGCCCCGCCCGCCGGCCCCUCGCCCCCCCCCAGCACCCACCACCACCCGUCCUCCACCACCACCUCCACCUCAAGCGCCAUCCACCACCUCCAGGCACACCUCCGGGGCCACUACCCAACCUCCGGCCCCUACCCCAACUCCGGCCCUUACCCCACUUCAGGCCCCUACCCCACUUCGGGCCCCUGGCCCACAUCGGGCCCCUACCCACACAACCCCGGGGCGGUCGGCCCCGCCUACCCGGCCUCCGUCUACCCAAACCCCAACCCCAACCCCGCCGCCCAAAGGCACUGGCAGUAACCCACCACCGGUUUGACAUCGGCCUCAUCCCUCCAUCGAUCCGGGAUAUGAUACGAAACAACGGCUCUUAAGAGAUGCUGGUUUUGACCAACAAUGGUCUGGGGUUGCUAUGGUUACCAAGCUGAGCCCUGAGACGUUGAAGGACCUCUUGGUGCAGUCGGGUGGAGGACAUGGACUCCAUUGAGGUGGUGUCUGUGUCUGAGGUCUCCCACUACAAAUUGAGGGGCGUAUUCCAGAGGAACUUCCUGUGGUUAACCAGGCAGGAUGGCCAUCUCCUUCAUGAUCAGGUCUGUGGUGUGAACCUUCCCUCUCCACCCAGCCCUGCAGGGUCUUGGGAUUCCUGGGUCUAGAUUACACACUUCUGGGGUGAAGACCACCACCCUGGGGUCUUCAUUCUGGGGUCUAAACACUCUCAGAAGAUCUGGAGGGAAGGACGAAAAGGAACAUGUUUUGUACCCGCAAGUGACAUCUGAGAACUGCUUUUUCAAAACGGACCAACCAGCCAGGUCCCGCAGUGUGUGUGAAAUUAGGUGUAGCUUUACCAGGGACAUGUGAUUACAAAAGAGUGAAUAGGAGCCUCCCGAUUGGUUUAAACGUUCCCGCAGUCAAAAUGUCGGAUGGUCAGAGGAUUUCAAAAUGGCAGCUCCGCGAUGCAGCGGAAGACAGAACCAGGACUUCUAAGAUGGCUGCUCCCGCACCAGAUAACAUUCUUGAUGUCACUUCCUGGAGGUGUUUGGACACAACUGUCAAGAUAUGUCGUUUAACAAUACUUGCCUACCUACUGUCUGCACUGGUUUGAUUUAUGUUUUUAUGUAGAUGUGGUUAUAGUUUAAUGUUUUCUGUGGAUUCGGGAGGUUGAUAUACAUUGAGUUUAUAUUCUAUGGGACAGGGCAGUUAGGAUUGUUGGAGGAUAAUCGUUAAGCACUUUGAUUUAGCUUCUUCUACUGAUGAGGCAUCGCGUGUUUGACCACUGGUGUGUCAAUAGACUGACAAGAGUUACCUUUACUUUUGAUACUUAUAUUAAUCAAUUAAACUGUACUUGGUUUUUCACAAAUGAUCUACCAUUGCAAUAAUCUUUGUGCUUUGUGUUUUUGAAGAUUAACUCAAACAUUUAUCAUUGUGAACAUUAGGACAGUUUGGAACGAUAGAAGAGUCUAAAGAUGUUUAUUUGUGUUUUUAACAAAAGUUGUUGACUGAAGACAAAACUCUUCUGUUGUCAAAUAUCAAUUGUAAAAAAUAUAAUAAAUAAAAAAUGUCUCCGGAAAAAUAAA